AUGACUAAAGAAGCUAAUAAAACCAAAAAAAUCACAGCUAAGAAAUCAAAUCUACCUUCCAAUUUGGAAUUCGAUGCAUUUCUAAAAAAUCAACAAAACAUCGUUAUGCUGCUUAAAACCGAUUUAAAAUCUGUCAUUAGUGCGGUACAAGAUGUAGAUUGUCUCACUGCCGAAAAAGACAAAAAUAUUCUUGAAUUGGAGCAAAGCAUUAAUCAACGUGAAGCUGAAAUAAAUGAACUCAAAGCUAAUUUAGAACAAUUACAAGAGGAAAAUAAACAAAUAUUGUUGGAAUUUAAUUUGUUUAAAGAAAAAUACUUUGAACUUGAAACCAACUACGAUCAAACGUUGAUGCAACAAAUGGAAGAAACAGAAAACUUAAGGCAGCAGUUGCAAACACAACAAGCCUCAGAAAAUCAACUCAUACGUGACCUAACCCUUAAUUGCCAGGAAUUGCAACAGAAAUUACAACAUAAUAUAAAAGAGUUCAUACAGUUAAAUCAGCAACAUAAGGAAACAGUGCAGAGUUUUGAGCAAAGCAAACUAGAUUUUGAACAGCAAAAAAACUGUUUUGAAUUGUAUGAAAAACUUGUGAAUGAGGAAAAGCAACUAAAUGAAGAAAAAAAUAAACUUGAUUUUGACAAACUAUCCGAGGUAUUAAGAGAAAAAGAUGAACUAAUCAAGAAGUGUAUAACAGAUAAAAAUGCUUUGGAAAAGGAGAAAAAUCUUAUAAUAGAUGGUCUCAAUAAUAAAAUAUAUCGCAUUGAAAAGGCCUUUAGUCAGCCAACCAAAGUUGUACCACCAAUGGUAACUUUGCCCCAAAAGGUGGAUAACAAUACUAAUUCAGAAAGUUCUACUGAGAAUGUGGCUGUAUCUAAACCUCAAGUACGUAAGCCAUUGGAAAAUUUGUCUAAUAAUGAAAAUCAAAAACCCGAACAAAAUCCGUCCCAACGUAACUACAAGUUUAAACGUCCCAUACAACCCACUACUAGUUCUCAGCAGACGAAUGUGGUUACGAACCCGAAUACAAAUAAUAGAAAACGACGAAUUCAACCAGCCAAACCAGAAAUGAUAAAGAGUUAUAAUGAAUUUUCUUUAUCAUCUAGCGAUGAAGAUGAUGAUGGUGACAGUAACUAUAAUAGUUUCUCUCAGGCUCUUUGGCGUCCAAAUAAUGAAUGUUACGUUGCUGAUACAGAUACCUCGGAAGGUUUUGCUAAACCAAAACGUAACAAAAAGUAA